GAAUGAAUCAGGGUGUACCUGCAGAUAUAUAUAGCGUAUUUCACAACAUAUAUUCACUUCGUCAUUAACACAUUAUGGAAAAACAAGGGCCAAUUCCUUCCGAUGCUCCGCCCUCUUACGAUAAGCAAGGAGAGACGGCAAUGAGAAGAAACCCACCUAUGACCUACCCUGCCUACGCUGCUCAGAGCUACUCUGCUCAGAAUGAGUACGUGGUGGUCACACAACCCUAUCCUAACGCGAUAACGAUAAAUGUUCCCGUCCCCGACUACACGAGACUCGCCAUAUUUGCCACAAUCUUUUGCUGCUUGCCGCUGGGAAUUUUCGCCAUUCUACGGGCACAAGAUGCGAGACGGGCGGCAGCGAGAGAUGACCCAGUGAUCGGAAUCCAGCUGGCUGGUUCGUCCAAACGUUUGUCCAUCAUCGCCAUCGCCUGUGGAAUUCUACUUCUCGUCCCAGCGACAUGCGUUCUCAUCUGGUACUUUGCCGAAGGAAACAGCGCAUGUUACCGCUACUUUUGUUGAUAAACAAUCGCUUUAUACUGCGUAUUACUGCCAUUACUAUUGAUAAACAAUUACAAUAUACUGCUUGUCACGGCCAUUACUGUUGAUAAACUAUCACUUUAUACCGCAUGCUACGGCUACUACUAUUAAUAAACAAUCACUAUACACUGCAUGUUAUGGCUACUACUCUUGAUAAACAAUCACUAUAUACUGCAUGUUGCGGCUACAUCCGUUGAUAAAAAAACAAAGAUUAUUGUAUUCAACAAAGGUGGCAAGCUCAUAAAGAGAUUUCGUUUUACAUACGAUACAAUUGCUA